UAUCGGGAUGUGUCUGUGCAAGCUGAAUGUAAAAUGAUCACAGUCUAGAAUUUGCUCAGGUUGUCAGAGAGAUGGCUUGUGAUAUGAUGUGUGAUUUAACCCAAGUAUACGAUUUGGGUUAUGUGGCAACGAGGUGGUUGUAUCUGGAAGGGGCGAUGAUUACUCUUGUCUCGGUUUUAAGAUGAGUCUCUUGCAUUGGAUGUGAAUGUCCUCUGGAUCCCUCUCCAGGUAUCCAAUUACUCCUGGUGGAUGACCUUUGACCCCUUCCCAGUUGCAGCAUUAACUGGAUUUGGUCUGGUGUUCAACAUACAGCUGAUGAUGUCUGUUUCCAGUAUUCCCUCAGUCUUAGUUUACGGUCCUUGCCAUUUCCCCAAUAUAUAAAUAAUUAGUCAAUCGGCAAAAAAUGAACCUGCAAUUUUCAAAUGUUGUUAAUUAACCCCUUAACAAACAUGCAACCAUAGAAAGCACAACUCAUUGAACCUUUGAGCAAACGAGCAUCAAAAGCCCAAAACCAUGCACGGCUCCACUACUGUCAUCUGAGAGGAGAAAGAUCGCACUGCAGUGGGUCGUGAUCGGCAAAAGUGGGCGAUUGAGGAGUGAAAGAACACCUUCUGGUCUGGCAAAUCCUGGUUUCUGUUGCACACACUGAUAGCGGGGCUUGUGUAAACAGCAUGGCUUUGUCCUGGUGUCAGCUGUACCAGCUGGUGGUGGCGUCAUGCUGGGUGUGUUUUCCUGCAUCAUUUGUAUGCCACAGUGUACCUAAAUAUCGUUGCUGAACAGCUGCAUCACUCCGUGGCCAACGUCUAUCUCUUCUUCUUUUCUUUAUAUCGAUACUUGAGGAGGGUAAUGCAAAAUCUUUCAAGGCACAGAUCAACUCCUGUUGGUUUCAGGAUAUUGGUCCCUUCAAGUGGCCCACAUGGUCUCUUCAAACAGGAAGUGCACUUGAACGAUUAUGGCACUGGACCAGUGGCUGUUGACAGACCUCAGGCACCUAAGCUACCCUGUUCUCCCUGACGGACUCUCUCAGGCCCAGAAGACUGAACUCAGCGGCACCUUCUGUGUCCAGGUUGACUCAUUACUGGACGUCAGUCAGCCUGCGUACAGUCAGAUGCAGAAGUGGAGGGGCUCAGAUUGUACCAACGACGAGGUGUCUGCUGUCACACAGUUCACCCAGAGGGCCUGGGAAGCCAGACCAACCCGUAUGCUGCUAAUGCAGGUGACAGAUGGAGUACAGAGCUUGGAGGCCAUGGAGUAUCAGUCUGUCCCUGCACUCAGCACAGCUCUAAGGCCUGGUGUGAAGCUGCAGCUGCAAGGCCAGAUGGUCUGCCGACUCGGGAUGCUCCUGUUGGGGCCGUCCAACAUCAAGGUUCUGGGUGGUGAAGUGGAGGACCUGGUGGAGAGGAAUAACCCGGGCAAGGUGCUGUGUCGGACGCUGGGACUUCCUGAGGAGAAGCAAGAGGGGGGAGAGCCCCCCCCAGCACCAGUACAUGGAAACCAGGAAGUGGAGGACCUGGAGCUAGAUGAUGCAGAGUUGUUGGCCAGUCUGGAGGCCCAGGAGGAGGUGGAAAGGGUUCAGGUGGGGCCUGUUCCAGACAGUGGCUACGGGACGCUCAGUGAGACUGCCACUCUGUCCUCGAGAAGUUCUUCUAUGAGGAGCCUUUUCUCGACAGCCUCCUCCAGAAAUGAAGCCUCUGCCCGCUCUUACAGAAGUGGCUCGGCCCAGAGCAACAGAGGUGGUUCGGUCCAAGGUCAUCACCACGGUACCGAACAAGAGGAGCCCGAAAUCUCCAUUCAACAGCGGGGCUCCGAACUCACCAUGGCAGUCGAGGACUUUCCUGAUGAAGACUUUGACGAUCUUCCUCUGAAUGAGUUGGACAGUGUGGUUUUUCCACAAAGUAACAAUGUUACCACGCAGUCUGUCAGCAGUCACAGAAGCACGCCACAGAGCAGCGACAGAAUAACGGGAAAUCCUAACAGGGCAACAAAAGCCCAAACUGCUCAGUGUGAGCAGCACAGUUUGAAUCGGGGCUCUGGGUCACGGCUUAGUUCCAGCAACUCAAGAUCCACCCCACCGAAAAGAGACAAUCAAGGCUGUCUUAUAGAAGCUGUAGGGCAGGUCUUGGCCCCAGCAGCAGCAUCACAUGAGUUAGGCUUUGUUACUAAUGACAACAAUGAUGUCAUGGAUGACGAUAUGGACUGCUUUCUUGCAGAGGUAGAAACUGAUUGGACUGAAGGGUCAAAUCAGCUCCCUGUUCAACAAGGACCAAGUAGAGACCGAGAGAGCUUCACCAACAAAACAGAAAGGUUUUCAUUUGAGGGCUCACACAACACUCCUCAGGGGCAACUUUGUAACCCAAAUGUUGCAGAAUUUGAACCUAUUGACAUAGACCGGCAGAGUGACGGCUCGGUCCCUGCUCUCACUCUGACAUCCCCACCUUUUACAUAUGUGUGCCUGCUCGAGGAGAUGACGUCCAAACCGCAACCUCACACCACAGAGAUCCGAGUCAAAGCUUUCAUUGUGACUCUCGUGGGGAAACUGAGCAGCAACAACGGCCUUUGGCGCGUCGGCGCCACAAUAUCCGAUGGAACCGGUUACUUGGACGUGGAGCUGUCCGAUGCGGUUUUGACGGGCCUGCUGGGCUUCUCGGUGGCGGGAAAGGCGGCUCUGAAGCGUGACCCAGCCCGGAGAGGUGAGCUGGACACUGGGAUGAGGAGGUGUCAGGAAGGGCUGGUGGACAUGUGCUGUGUUAUGACCAUCGUGUUUGAACCAGGCGGCAGCAAAGCUUUGGUGACUAAGGCGGACCCCGUCAAUGAGAAAGUAUUCCAGGAGCUGGAGCAGAGGCUGAAAGACAGGAGUGUUUGAGAGGAAGUGGCUGAUAAUGAGAACAUUACAGGCAGCGGAGAAGUAUAUUGCCUUUUUGGAAAAUUGGAAACAUAAGCAAAAAAAAAAAUGGUGGUUUCUCUUUUUCUUCAAAUUGGUGAUCAACCUGCCCUUCUGCUUUAGAUUUGGAGAGCAGAAUGUGUGAACUGGAUGUCAGAUGAUCAGCAGGCAGUGUGUUGCAAUGCAUCCCAUCUGCUAUAUGUGAAACGUGGCAUUCUGUCUCAUUAGAGCAUUCCAUUCAUCUAUUCAAAGAGCUAUUUUCUGCUUGAAAUGAACGGCAUCAAUCUCAAGCAAAGUAAACAGGUCUUUAAUAUCUACACCGUCGGUUAUCAACAUAUGCUUUCAAACUCCCAAAUUGUAUGUAAUAUUAAUAACUAUGUGAAGAGAAGAGUGGAGCAUGUGAGAUGAGAGAAGGGAAUAUAAUUCAUACUAUGAUUGUUGUAAUGAAUUGCCAGACUUUGUACAUCCAUUACUUAUGACUGAAAAAUUAUUGAAUAUCCAAGGGCAGCGUGGGUCUUUAAUGAACUCCCACAAAGGUGAUGGGAGAUAAAGGAGAGGCCAUGAUUAUUUCUUUCAUUAUAGAGCCUCAUCUGUUUUUGUCUUUGAUCAAUAAACCCCAAAUGUGAUGCCUUGCCUGUAUUUACUGUAUAUUGAAAUGAAAUUGUUCUGAAUGUUUUACAAUUUCCUCGCACUCUUUGACUAAUAAAACAUGCUUGAAGUAAGCGCUCGCUGGUAAUUUUA